UGUCCCAAACGCGAUCCUCCCACGCUGACUCCGGAGAUGCUCUUGAACCUCAAAAAGCAAUACAUGACGCUCAAACUUAGAAAAUUGAUGGCCGUAGAAAUUAUCAAGAAUCGAGUGAAAGGUGACCUCAAACGAAUCGUCAAACAAAUGAACGCCCAAGUUCAGUCAAACUCAAAAGAGUUUGUCGUCCUCGGCGGUGGUACGAAGAGCCUGAGCUACCUCAAAACCCCGCAUUCUUCUCGCCUCGGUGGGGGUAGCGGAUUCACGCUGGAGGUCGACGUCCGUGGCUACAUUCCGGACAACGUUUCCGUCGACACUGCCAACAACCACAUGUCCAUCCGCGCCACCAAGGUCAACGGGGUCGAGAAGGCUCUCAGCCUCUUGGCACCCUCGACCGCGGCGUUGGAAAAGGUCAAAAUAUACCCGCCCACCAAUGGCUUCCUCCUCAUCAAAUAUCCCAACAACGAGCAGGAGUCCGCAUACUAAUUUUUGUACUAAAUUAUGUACUUAUUACUGCAAAAAUGUGUACCUACUAAUCAUGUGCGAAAAUGUGCAAAAAUCCUAGUGAAUCAGAAAAUUUGAAGAGGGUGUCGAUGAGAAUUAAGAAGGUGUCAAAAAUAUGUAAUAAAUUUGCCAUGCAGCGUGUCAUGAUACUAAACAGACCCACAAAA